GGAGAAGAAGCGCGUGUCAACAUGGCGGCAGUGGAGUCGGAUCCUACAGACCUGCUCCUCUGUUUGUCCCAAAGCGCAGCCUGAAAGCGGACACAGCGCACUGAAACAUGGCCCAAGCGAAGCUGAAGCUGGAGCCGCAGCUGUGGGAGCCAGAGGAGCCGAAGGAUGGGGACAACAAUGUGCUGAGUGAGGUGAAAGAGGAUCCAGACUGCACAGGUGUUCAGACUUCAGAACCCAAUUCAGUUCUUCACCACAUUAAAGAAGAACCAGAGGAGGUGAAGAUCAAAUCAGAGGCUUCAUACAUCUGUGUAACUGUGAAGAAUGAAGAGGAGGAAGAGGAGUCCACUGUCCUUAAUCAAACCCUGAAAGAGGAGAGCCGAGAGAAGGGAGCAGAACCAGGUACAGACAGCUCCACUGACACUGAUGACUCUGAAGACUGGAUAGCUGAAAGAGCCACUUCACAAACACACGCAGAGGAACGCAGGGAAGAGCAUGAGGAAUGCUGUAGCUCUGACUCUGAGUGGAGCUGGGAGUUCAACCUACCCUCCACGACCUCAGCCAGGGCCAAAACCCAAAUGGAAUCCACAUAUUCCAAGAGCCCAGAGAGCGAAGAGCACAAAUGUGGCCAGUGUGGGAAGGUCUUUCCAUAUGGAGCCAGGUUAAGAAAACAUGAACUGACUCACAUGCUCAAAUGUCCAAUUUGUGCUAAGGAUUUUACAGAAGUGUGUAAUUUAAAGGUGCACAUGAAAAUCCACACGGGAGAGAGACCAUUCAGUUGUUCAGUUUGUUCAAAGGGUUACAUACAAAAAAGUCAUCUAAAACAGCACAUGAAGACGCACAUUGGUAAAAGAUUAUUCACAUGUUCUGUCUGCGCACAGAAUUUUACAACCAACAACAAACUGAGGCUCCAUAUGACCGCUCACACAGGAGAGAAACCAUACGGGUGUUCACUGUGUGUCAAACGUUUUACAGUGCAGGGUACAUUAAAACAACACAUGAUGACACACACAGGAGAGAAGCCCUUUAAAUGCGAUUAUUGUUCCAAAGAAUUUAGAUCUCAAGGGGAUCUAAAUCGACAUGUACGCACCCACACGGGGGAGAAACCUUUCAGGUGUUCAGUUUGUGCUAAGAACUUUAGAGUGCAGAGUGAUUUGAAGCGACAUAUGAAGACCCACACAUUCAGCUGUUCAGCCUGUGCCAAAGGUUUUGCGAGAGACAGACAGUUGAAAGAGCAUAUGAAGACUCACAGCGAGGACAGACCAUUUGCAUGUAGUUUCUGUGCAAAAAGUUACUCCCAAAUGGGUAAUCUAAGAAUACACAUGAGGAUUCACACGGGAGAGCGGCCUUACAGGUGUUCAGUAUGUGCAAGUGAUUUUCCACAGAAGAGCUCUCUGAAACGACACAUGAGCACGCACACAGCAGAGAAACCAUUCAAGUGCUCCGUUUGUGCGAAUGAUUUCAGAAUCAAACGUGAGCUUAUGGAUCAUAUGAGGACUCACUCGAAGGAGAAACCUUCUAGCUGUUCAGUUUGUAAAAAUGAAGUUUCUGAAUAGAUAAGGAAUCCUAUUGAUACUUUGCAGCUGAUAGCACCGCAGGCCCCAGGGAAUAUUUAUGACAACUGAAGAAACUGCUCUGUCUCAAAGCUCUGUUACUCAAGUUAGACUUUAAUCGGAUGAUACUUGAUUUAUUCACAAUUAAAAAUCCUUGUAUACAUGUUC